ACUAAGUCGGGUAAAACUUAGCAAGCGGUCACUUUGUAACUGCUUCACCACCAACGCAAAGUAACAUUAUUUUAACAAGAGAAUGAAGAAUAUGUAUUAACAUCAAUGAUAGCAGCAGUAUCAACAUCUGGAUGACUGACAAUCGGAAGAUCGCUCGGAUUCCAUUUUCAUUUAAGCAUAAUUUUUGUUUUGGCACAAAGACUGGUUGACAUCUCAAGCUGUGCGUGGUAGGAGCUGCUCAUAGCUAGGGCUCCGGUUUUGGGUCCAGCAGAUAUUGUUUCAAUUUGGGGGGGAGAUCUGAGCGGCUACUGUGAACUUGGAGAAACGGCGCACACGUGCAGUGCAGCCCGUGCAGACACUGCGGCGGGGGUUUACCCCGGUCCCAUUUUAUUAAUGGUUGUUUUAGAGGAACUGCCGAGGCCUGGACAAGCGGCGUAAACGCUAGGUUGUUGAAUUCCCUGUAACAGGAGGCGCUGUCAGUGGUGAGCGAAGACCAGUCCUUGUUUGAGCCACCGUACGCUGCUGCCGCGCCUUUACCUAAGCCGGACAUGACUGCAUCCAGCACACAGGACUAUGUUCAGCCCCACAAAAUCAACCCUUUACCCCCCCAGCAAGAGUGGAUCAACCAGCCUGUGCGAGUGAAUGUUAAGCGGGAAUACGACCACAUAAAUGGAUCUAGGGAGUCCCCGGUGGACUGCAGUGUGGGGAAGUGUGGUAAAAUGGUCAGUGGGACAGACCCCUCCCAAAUGGCCUACGGGAGCUACAUGGACGAGAAGAAUGGGCCGCCCCCAAACAUGACCACCAAUGAGAGGAGGGUCAUUGUACCUGCAGAUCCCUUGCUCUGGUCACAAGACCACGUGCGGCAGUGGCUGGAGUGGGCGAUCAAAGAGUACGGACUGCUGGAGGUUGACACGUCCAUGUUCCAGAACACAGACGGCAAGGAGCUGUGCAAGAUGACCAAGGAGGACUUUCUGAGGCUCACCAGCAUAUAUAAUGUUGAGGUCCUGCUCUCACAUCUCAAUUACCUCAGGGAAAGUAGCUCGUCAUCGUCAUACAACACCCCGUCCCACGCCGAGCAGUCACCCCGACUGGCCACCAAAGAAGACCCCUCAUAUGAUGCAGUGAGACGCAGUGGGUGGUCAAACAACAUGCACAGUGGAAAAGGUUCACCAGCCGUCUCGCAGAGCAUGUCCAAGACCCCUGAGCAACAGAGAUCCCAGCCAGAUCCCUACCAGAUACUAGGACCUACCAGCAGUAGGCUGGCCAAUCCAGGCUCCGGCCAAAUUCAGCUUUGGCAGUUCCUCCUGGAGCUGCUCUCCGACAGCGCAAACGCCGGCUGCAUCACCUGGGAGGGCACCAACGGCGAGUUCAAGAUGACGGACCCGGACGAGGUGGCCCGGCGCUGGGGCGAGAGGAAGAGCAAGCCCAACAUGAACUACGACAAGUUGAGCCGCGCGCUGCGCUACUACUACGACAAGAACAUCAUGACCAAGGUGCACGGGAAGCGCUACGCCUACAAGUUCGACUUCCACGGCAUCGCCCAGGCCUUACAGCCUCAUCCCACAGAGUCCUCCAUGUACAAGUACCCCUCGGACUUAGCCUACGUACCUCCAUACCAUGCCCACCAGCAGAAGGUCAACUUCGUCUCUCCGCACCCGCCCUCCAUGCCAGUUACCUCCUCCAACUUCUUUGGACCAGCUACCCCCUACUGGAGUUCGCCAACCGGUGGUAUCUAUCCCAGCUCCAGCGUGCCACGACACCCCAGCUCCCAUGUGCCAUCUCACCUGGGCAGCUAUUACUAAACCUGCUCCAAUGCUCACCCAGCCUGGCCUGAACUCUUACAAGAGGACAUGGACUCCUCACUCCUGAAACCCAUUUUGGAUUUGAAACUCUUGGAUUUAUUUCUCAGAUGCUAAAUUAAGGAAAAGAACUGGAUAUUGCUAUCCACUUAUAAUGAAGUACUACUUACACGCCUGAUGGUUGGUUUGUAUAUGUUUGUGUGUCAUUUUUGUUGUUUUUUUCCGCCUUUCUACCCUGAAAGCUGCAUCUGUGGGUAUAUUAAAAGGACCCACAACCCUCCCCAGAGCUGGACACCAAUAUCUAAGCAGACAAGGGCAUUGUGGGAAAACCGAGGCUGUCACGCUGUCUUUCUUGAGACAUGGACUCAGCUUUCUUGGGUCCCAAAUUCUAGCUCCAGUUUUUGGACUCCAGAAGAUGUUUGUCUUGUGUUGUAUGAUCAGUCUUUCUGUGUGUGUGUGUGUGUGUGUGUGUGUGUGUGUGUGUGUGCAUCUGAAGCAUCUUCUGGAACUCUGGGAGAGUUCAAAAGCAAAGGACAUCUCAGCCCCCAGGAGGCAAUCUAGUGACUGGGAGUUGCCAGUCACACAAAACUUUUAUCCUCCAAACUGGAAGUUGGAGAAGCCAGAGGAGUCGUGGUGCCUUCAAGAGGCCUCGCAUGAAGCCAGUUGGGGCAGACACCGUGAUGGAACCAGACCAGUAUUAAUGUGAAUGCACUGCCAUCUGUGGGUCUCUCGGCCCACAUUCAGCUGUUGUUCUGAGACCCUUUCGUCAAGCUCAAUUCCACGGGCAUCUUUCGCUUUUCCUACCCUGGAUGUCCGACUCUCUUUUCCAUUCUGGUUUUAGCAGCCUUAGCCCGGUUCAGUCCGGUUCGGCCUCGUUCGUUUCAGUACAGUGGACAUCCAGGUUGAGGAGAGCAGUUACAUCUAUUGUUCGGCUCAGGGGACGACUUCUCAAAGCUGUUUCUUAUGUUAACACAUUACUCACCAUUCCCUUGCUUGAUACAUUUAUCCCACACUCUAACAUUAUCGUACAUCCAGUAAAUUUCUCAAGGCAUUUUGAAGCAGCUCUCUACAGCUCCAACAAGAGGCUUGGAGGCAGUAACUCUCAGAAGUAAACCUGUAACUAAAACGGAAAGCGGAGACGGAGAUUAACGAUUCCAAAGCAGAGCAUUCCUCGGAUUCACGAACGCUGUGCGUUUGUCAGAUCUAUUUUCUAGUUUUGUUUUUAACAUUGGUCAACCAUGCGGUAAAGCAUCUUACUGUAUAAAUUAUGCAGAGUUAUUUUCAUAUGUGAAGCAGUAUUGAAAGUCAAGAGAAUUAACACGAGUUGACCUCGGUCCAAAAAAGCAAAUUGUUUGGAAAAAAGAAAUAACAGUUACUGAUGUGUAGUAUGUGCAUUUUAAUGAAGUGUUUUUAUAUCUGUACAUUUGGGCAGUAGCUUGUAUGGAGUUUUUUAUAUUGAAGAAAGUUUCUGCUACUUUCACUACCUUUCAGUGACAAAUCAAUAGACAAUCCUACCUGAUAUUUUAUUUUCCCAAGCAAAUUAUAUAUGUUUGAACUGUUUUCCUGUGCCUUAAGAAGCGAGACAAUCACACUUUUUUUAAUGCCUCCAUUUUGGAUUCUAUCUGAAUGUAGCAGGAAGAACAGAAUCCCAAAGACUACUCAGCCUAACAGACUAUUUAGCUGCUUUUGUUCCUGUGACCAAACGGACUGAACAUCUCAUGCACCUGAUCAGCAUCACAGCAACACAGUAAAUACAGAUCAUCAAACCUGAUCUGCAUUUAAUAGCGCUUUUACCGCUGAGGUUUAAAUCACCACGAAAUAUUUAAGGAGCAAGAGAGCAAUAAUUUUUGACAUUUACUGAACUUCCGCUUUCUGCAUCCUUCCCAGCCAUACAGGAGCUUUGCUCCUCCAUAUUAUGCAAUUUACUUAGGAUAUUAAAUAUAUAUAAAUAUAUAUGUAAAAUUUUGCAAGUAUUCUUUUUGUAUUUUUAACGAUCCUGCAGUGUAUACUAUUACCUAUUGUAAAAGGGCUGUCGUAUAAGGAAAAUGUGAAAAAAAUAAAUGUUUUUUUUCUUCAAAA